GACUGCAACAGACGAAAACCAUAUAUGACACUGCAACUGCACGGCGACACCCUUAACAUCAACGGACGGACCAUUCUCAGAACUGAGGGACUUUGAUGCUCGACCACUUUGUUGGAUGGAUGUGAAUGUUAUUCGGCCAUAUGACUUUUAAUAACUUUUAUGAAACCAGUUUAAUUAUUUCAUUUCGAUAUUCUUCUGCCUUUGCUCCGUUACUUUGGUAAGUGAAACACUUCAUUGUUCCAUCCCAUGAGUGAGAGUGAGAGAUGAUAUUAAGUAUUCCUUAUAUGGUUUAUUUAUUGAUUUCGACAAUUACACGCAAAUGUUAGAUUUAAUUCCUUAUCCUAGAAUUUAAAUUUCGCUAUAUUUGUAUUAAACAGAGUACUAGUAGAUCUCCCCUCUUAAAGUUCUUAAAGUUAUUGAACAGGAAUAAUUUGACCAUUAAUAUGACUACCACAACAUCAACAUCGGAUAUGCCACGACAUACACUACGACAGACGGACUUUCUUCCAUCCCGUUUUUCUGGCGAUCAGCUAGAUAGGGACAACUCGACCGCACAUUGUCUGACUUUUGAUGAUUACCUGGACGCACACAAGAUAAACUCAACUGACCCCAACCAAUUCCAGACCAUACUCCGAUCUUUCCGUCGCACAUUGCAGGGACAGGCUAGGCUAUGGAUAGACGGACUGACUUUUAAUUCAUAUGACGACUUGAAAGACGGGUUUGUAAGGAGGUUUAGCCCAGCUAAGUCUUCAUACAGCCAUGUUAGGGACUUUAACACAAUGACGAUGACUGACGGGGAGAGCGCAGAGGCAUAUCUCCAACGACUUCGACAGACCGCGUCUUACAUCAAUUACGGCGAGGCACAGAUUAAGCACAGAUUGCUUGAUUCUCUGCCUAAUGAAUGCCGUGCAACAAUAUUGAUGUCUGCCUCAGCCUCUGACAUAACUUGUGAUGAAAUAGCAGCUAAGGCGCAGCUAUUUCUUGACUUACGAAAGGACUCGACUCCACAGACAAAAGAACUGACCUUUUCUGCCCAGUCAGAAAUUGAUCUUCUCAGGGAGGAGAUCAAUUCAAUGAAAAUGACUGACACCCCCAGUAACGACAGAGACCGCGGCAGAGCUCCUAACCGACGAUCUCCAACACCACGACGAAACAACCAUAAUAGGAGUAUCGACCGUAGUUUCCCCCAACGACGACAAGACCGAAGUCGUGAUCGGUAUCGUGACUAUCAUCAUGAUACUAGACGCGGUAAGAGCCCAUAUCGCAAUAACCGUAACUUUAAUGACCGGCAACCAAGACUGACAUGUGACUAUUGUCGCAUACCAGGACAUGUCUGGCGAGAAUGCCGACGACGACUUAGGGACAUUAGAGAGAUUUCGAUUGGCUGCGACUGCAACACGAAUUCCAACACAGAUGCUGUUAGAAUUAAUAACUUGGAGAGAUACCCCCACCUUGACCCAAAUGAUUCCAUUGUUGACAUGACAGAAGAAGAGAUAAUAAAGAAACACAUUGACCUGACAGGAAGCAUUCUGUCUCAAGAUGAAAGGCAGGAAAUAGUUCGCGUUUUGAUGGAUAACAGGGAUGCAUUUUCUCUCUAUGGCGAGCUAUCUAGUUGUCCAAAUUUUGAGGUAGAUAUUGAACUGACUGACAAUGAACCAUUUUUCAUACGACCUUACUUUGCAACUGAAAUGACAAGACUAAAAUAG